AACCAGACCUGCAGCUCUCAGCUCAGAGGUCAGUGUGCAGUUUGGACUUAGUUUGGACUCCGGCUGCAAGUUUGCUCGAGUGAACUUCGACAAAUCAGUUUGAGGAAAAGACUUCUACAGCAACAUCAUGACCACAAAUUACCGAGACCCGGCUCAGUCUGUACCAUCUGAAGAGGAGGCCACAUCCUCCUCCUCCUCCUCUUCUUCAGGUGAGGAAUCCCAGGUGGUCCCACGCGUCCUCACCUCGUCCUCCUCUCAGUACUUUGUUCAGUCCGUUUUGGGGAAAGGGGUCUAUGGAAAGGUGGUCAAGUGUGUCAAGACAGCCACCAGGGAAACGGUGGCUGUGAAGAUAUUAAAGGACAACGACGUCACAGCUGAAGUUCAGAACGAGAUGGACGUCCUUGAACAGCUGAGAGCUUUCGACUCGGACAGAUUUAACUUUGUCCGAUUCAACGACUGUUUUAUCGACCGAGAGCACAUCUGCUUCGAGUUUGAAAUGCUGGAUAUGAGUCUGUGGGAUUUCUUGCAGAAGAAACCAUCCUGCUCGCUCUCUGUGAAAGAAAUCCGCCCAGUCGUGCACCAGAUGGCCACAGCUCUACAACUCCUGAAGAACAUGGGAAUCGUACACACGGACAUCAAGCCAGACAACAUCAUGAUGGUGGACCACGUAAACCAGCCAAUGAAGAUAAAACUGAUCGACUUCGGCUUGGCCUGUCACGUCUCUGAGUCAGAUUGGGGCAUAUCCGCCUCCCCGCUCGCUUACAGGGCUCCAGAGAACAUCCUGGGAUUUCCCGUCACUCCAGCCCUCGACAUGUGGGCUUUGGGCUGCGUUGCUGCGGAGCUAUUCACGGGCAAUUUGCUGUACCUUGGACACAGCGAAUACGCCAUGCUUCGAUAUAUGGUGCAGAGUCAGGGCCAACUACCGCAGCGGCUCCUCAAAGAUGGGAUCAACACAAAGUAUUUUUUCCGAAGGAAGGGCCGUCGUCGUCGUCGAUGGAGAUUGAAGACAUCAAAAGAAUAUGGACACACCUCCUGGAGCAAGACCUGUUCCGCCUCCCUGGAUGAUCUGACAAAGGUGAAGCUAGUUUGUCACCUGUCGGACGAGGACACCAAGGCAGAAAUCGAAGACCGGGAGAACUUUGUAAAUCUGCUGAAGAAGAUGCUUCACCUGGAUGUGGAUAAGAGGAUCACACCCAGCCAUCUUCUUGAAGAUCCGUUUAUCACCAUGAACGACCUUGCAGACAGCCACCCCAACACCUUCUACGUAAAAUCGUGCUGUGAAAUGAUGGAGGUGUGUCAGGAUCAGAGUCUGAGAGCUGAUAACAGGGACCAGGCCUCCACCAGCUUGACCAGCGUUCACCAGAACCUUCCCGCUUGGCUCAGUCACCAAGAGCAUCCUCUGAUACUGGAAUUAGCAUCGGCAUUCAGCUGCCUCGCCAUCAGUACGGACCAGGAUCCAUCAGAACCACAAGGAAAGGACGAGGAAAGUACCCAACCAGAGCUGCUGUUGCCCAUCAGAGCUACUGACCAACAGAAGAGGAGGAGGACGCCGCUUCACCACUCCACACAGGUUGCAAUUGAAGUCCCUGAGCCGGACGUCCACGCUCCUUUCCAGUCAGAAGUCUGCCAGACGACACAAAAUCAAGAGUUGUGUCAAAACUCCAAAGAGGCUCCAACUGAGAUUCCAUCCAGCGCGGUCGAACGGAAGCCGCAGAGGAAGAGGACGUGGGACACGUUCAUUGCGUCACACCUGGGUUUGCGCAAAAACCCAGUGAGCGGCUCACCAAUGCGGAAGGUCAUGAAGAUGAGCAUUCUUCAUAAUUCAAUACAAGCCCCAACUAAAGCUCCGUCCAAUGAGGCCGAGAUGAAGCCAAGGAGGAAGAGGACGUGGGACACGUUCAUUGCGUCACACCUGGGUUUGCGCAAAAACCCAGUGAGCGGCUCACCAAUGCGGAAAGUCAUGAAGAUGAGCGUUCUUCAUACGUCAAUACAGGCCACAACUAAAGCUCCGUCCAAUGAGGCCGAGAUGAAGCCAAGGAGGAAGAGGACGUGGGACACGUUCAUCGCGUCACACCUGGGUUUGCGCAAAAACCCAGUGAGCGGCCCACCAAUGCGGAAAGUCAUGAAGAUGAGCAUUCUUCAUACGUCAAUACAGGCCCCAACUAAAGCUCCGUCCAAUGAGGCCGAGAUGAAGCCAAGGAGGAAAAGGACGUGGGACACGUUCUUUGCGUCACAUCUCGGCCUAUGGAAAAAUCCAGACGGCUCACCAGAGAGGAAACGGAUGAAGAUGAGUCUGGAGAUCUGUGACUCUCAACAGACUUCAUCCAGCGAGGUCGAUCCCUCCGAGAGCAACCGCAGAAGCCAGGACUGCUCCUCUAGGGGGAGGAAGAGGAAAAGGAACGAGGAAGGAUGAGCCUGGAUGAGGGUGAACACCAGCCCAUGGAUGUACCGGAGGAAGCACCAAAGGACGAUGGAGCAAGAUGAAGAGGACAUGACGUGGGAGGUUUGUAUAGUAACGUCUGCACAGGUGGAACAAGUAACUAAAAAAAAAAAAAAAGAGCAUUUAAGUAAUGCUUAAUGAUCUGUUUAAUUACAGUUACACACCACCAGGCUGUUUUCGGCCCAUCAGACACUAAACUAUCUCUGGAAAGGAGUUCCCUCUUGUGUGAUCUUUCCCAAGGUUUCUCCCCGUUUCUCCCGUUAAAGGGUUUUUUGGGGAGUUUUUCCUUCCCCGCUUGAGGGAGGUGUCGUAAUCACGUGGGCUUGAGAUUAUUACUCCUCAGUAAUAUUAAAUGUAAUAAAGAUAAUCAUAAUUUAGGACAGCACGGUGGUGCAGUGGUUAGCACUGUAGGUUUGCUUGUUCUCACCAUGUCUUUGUGGGUUCUCUCCGGGUGCUCCGGCUUCUCCCACAGACCGAAUACAGGCACUUAAUAGGUUGAUUGGUUAAUCGAUUUAAAUUGCACUGUGAUGAACUGGCGACUUGUCCAGGGCAGCCAGUGAUAAGACAGCUGAUUAAUUAGAUGAAAAAAAAAGUAGUGUGCAGACGUUACUCAGAAAUAUUAAAGCUAUUUUUAAUAUUAUGAAAUCCUACUUAAAUAAAAAUGGAAUAGAAUAUUUUUUUAUAUUUUUGUCUAUUUAAAUUUAUUUGACUUGUACAUUUAAAUAAAAAGAAAUCAAUAAAUUGGAUACAAGACUUUCUUUGCAUUUCAUUUAUUUAAUGUCACUAUCUAAAAUAUUGGUAUUAAUAUUGUGACACUGACUGCUUCCACUGCUGUGGAAGUAAUAUUAAAUGUUACUUGACGUUUCAUGUUUUCGUUUCUAAAAUUCGUGUACGACAAUCGCGUGAUGGUGCUGUGUCGUUGUCCCAACAGCCCUUCUCUUGCACGUUCAAAUACACAAAGGCAUCAAAGUCGGUCAGUUAUAACGGCCUUUAGAACCGUCUCAUUGCCAUUAUUCUCUAUAUCAGCGCUCAUGGAACGACUCUUGUCCACUCAGAUUACUUGGUUUGAACUAACCUUCUAUCAGAUGUCUCUGUGGUAACCACGCUAAACAAUGAAGCAGGAGAUCAAUCUAAAGAGUCUCUCUGGUAGUCUCCCUUUAAAAAUGAAGAUUUGAUUUGAUGAACUUUAUGAAAUGCUGUCUACAUCAAAUUCUUAAUAGUUUGUUCUGUCUUGUGAGAAAUACAGAUUCAGUUGCUGUAACAGCGUGUAGUUAAAGUUAGACCCUUCUGUGUCUAUAGUAUGUUUGACCUGCCAAGAUAAGCAGCAGCAGGUAUUUGUGAUACUUUUCCAACAGAUUUCACUGUUUCACCUUCAUUAUUCACUCGGGAAGAAGUCAACAACUCCCUUUAGAAAUCUCAGAGUUUUGUGAGUCGUUUAGUUGCAGGAAACUUUGAUUCCUGACUUUUCCGGAUUCUUUUUAAAAAAACGUAGAUUUAAGUUCUUCAACUGAGUUUAAAAAGCCAAACAAACAGAGUACACAGGAGCUUAACACCAGUUUGUGACGUUACACAUUAGUGGUUGACAUUUUAAUUCAUUUCAUACGUGUUCACACUCCUUUGUCUGCUAUGAGCUAACAUGGUUACUCUCGAAGAAAAAGUUAACAUGUAGAUUGGUAAUAACGUCCUCCAGUAUACAGGCACUGCUUUGUCAUUGGUACAGACUGAGGUUACAAUAGUUCUUAUAAGUUUGGUACAAAAUGCAUUAUUUGUUUU